AUGGCAACACCAUCCACAGCUCAGCCCACGCGAUGGGCGCAGCAAAGCGACUGGGACCUCCAUCGAGAGACCAUUACAAACCUAUACGGGCGACAGGGAAUGACUUUGAAAGAAGUCAAACGGUGUAUGGAAAGUGAGCACCACUUUUACGCAACGAAUAAGCAAUACAAGUGGCGGUUGAGCAAAUGGGGGAUCUACAAGAACUUCAACCUGGAUAGAGUCAGCAAGAUGGUACGCCAGGGCGCGAGCAGCUCUGGUAAACCAGGCGCACCUGCUCAAAUUUUCAGAGCAGGCCUGGAAAAAAGGCUUCAUUCCUACCUCAACCAGCUACCUGAGGAAAAAUACCGCCUCUUGGCGAGUAUUGGCGACCCAUCUGCGAGUCAAGUUGCGGCGGCGCUGGCGGAUUUUCAAGUGCCUGGCUCAAUACUCACGUCCAUUAGGUCACCUGAUGACUUGCGAGUUAUAGAGCGUUGCAAAUACGCGAUGCGACACUACGUUAUUGGAGCAAGGGACUCAAAGAUGUGGGUCCUCGACCCCAGCAGGACAAUAAUGCCCAAUGAGUUGCAGUCGUCAAUCUGGGAGCCGGGGGUCUUGGCGUCGACCCUCCUUUUGGAAGGUAAAACGCAAGAGGCUUUUCGAGUAUUGCACAACCUCUUCAACGACUGCCGUCGGCACUUGGUACAACAGCAGCCUCUCCUGUUCAUCUACGUCUACUUGGUGGCACUGCUAUAUUCCGAACGGCAUCCAGAGCUCGCCACUUCCUUCACAUCCUAUCUUCGGGAUUUGACGAAAAUCCUCUAUCCGACUCAGCACCCUCUGCGAACGCUGACCGACAGCAUGCAGCACUUGGGACCUGCUCAUAUAUUGGACUUUAGCCGUGUGAUGCUAGAAGGUUACAUUGAGGCCCUCCAGCACGAAUUCGGUGCCUAUAGCCUUGCAAUGGCGUAUGUGGUGCAAUUCAUCACCACCAAACUUGCUGUCGUAAAGAAGAUGGAGUGGACAGUAGCUGAGGAGACCUUGCGUCAAUAUCUGAACAAACUUGAGGAGGAGUCUUCAGCCAAGACUGCGGGGCCUGCUGUCCUAGGGAUGAAGAGAGCAUUGGCUUGGAUCUUAUUCCAUCAAGCGAGGUACUCCGAGGCACGUGAACUGUACACGGAGGUUGCGGUGGCAGCGGAGCAAGCAGAUGAACACUCGGUUCGACUUCUGAGAUCAAUCGCGCUCAUUAAUCUCUCUGAGAUAGCUUUGAUCGAGGGCAACCACGAGGAAAUCCUUCUGGCAUUGAGCAGACAGAUUCGCUGCAUCAGAGAUACGUUCGGUCCAAACGACACUAAGAUGGUCUCUUCUCUGUUGACUCUAGAGACCUAUCUUCGCAAAACGGGCGACGUGGAAACAGCAGAUCGAAUUCAGCGGGAUUUUGAGGCCGUCAUGGAUCAGAUCAGUGGUAAUCUAGAAGAUCUCAAUAUUUCGGUGAAGCGCGGUAUAUGA